GUAGAAUGUGACUGUAGGCCUAGGUGCCUUUCCCUAGGAACAGUUCCGCACGCAGGACGAGCCGACCUUCUGCGGCCUGGCCACCCUGGCGAUGGUUUUGAAUUCUCUUCGAAUAGAUCCGAUGCGCACCUGGAAGGGCGCCUGGCGCUGGUUCACGGAGCAGAACCUGGGCUGCUGUGCGGGGCCGGAGGAGGUGCGCGAGAGCGGGCUCUCCUUCGACAUGUUCAACAGCCUGGCAGGCUGCAACGGCGCGGACUCCGUUUUGCAUCGCGCGCCCCCGCGCGGUCGCUCAUCGGGUGCCGACCAAGCUACGUUCGAGGAGGCCUUCCGGGCAUCCGUGCGCGCGAUCAGCAGAAGCCAAGAACGCGAGUGCAUCGUCGUGUGCUACUCGCGGGAGGUGCUGGGACAGUCUGGGGCUGGCCACUUCUCGCCCAUCGGCGGCUACCACGAGGAUAGCGAUUCCGUGCUCAUCAUGGAUGUGGCCCGGUUCAAGUACCCGCCCCACUGGGCGCGCGUCUCUGACAUCGUCAGCGCGAUGACCGAUGUAGAUCCAGACACGGACAGGCCACGGGGCUACGUCCACCUACGGCUGCGCCGCGAGCACUCCAAUGACCAGGCCCUACCGGUGCCCCUGACCAUCCCGUACGUGCCAGUCGCUUCUGGCAAGAAGCUGUCCGAGGGCUUGGCCGCCGCUCUGGAGGCGCCGUGCCCGCUGCUGGAGGAGCAGGGGCCUGAUGGUGCUGCGGCCAUGGCCGUGCGCAGGUGGGUGCAUGCAGUCGUGGCCGCCGAGCCGCGCGUGCUGAGCCGACUGCUGCAGGUCGGUGAUGAGGCCGCCCUGCGCGAAGUGCUCACGCGCCUCAGCUCGUUCCAGUUGUUCGGCGACUUGUGCGCUGCUUACGCCAGGCUCCAGGCGAGCGCCGACGAGGGCCUCGGGGCUGAUUUCCCACCGCUGCGAUUCCUGGCGGCGCCGGGCGGGGAGGCCCCCGUGGUGCCGUGGCCGCCCGUGUCGGCAGCCACCGCUGACGAGGACCUGGCCAGCUGCGGCCUGGGGCCCGGCGGCUGCGGGGAGCUCUGGGUGCUCCUGCUCCUGCUCCUGCCGGAGCACCUGCGCGCGGCGGUGUCGAAGGAGCUGAUGGGCCCUUGGGUCGCCCACGAGAUGGCGCGGGCGGUCAGAGGGCCCUGGGCUCUCCCGCUGGAGGCCCUCCGGGAGGCGCUGGCGCAGAUGCUCCCUCGGCCCAAAGCCAAGCGCUGCCUGCAGUGACAGGGCGUGUCUCCGAGGGCCCGCUGAGGGGCGCGGCUUCAAGACGUUUCCAUUGGAGCGGGAGGGGAACACGGA